UGAACCCGAGUGCUAAAUAUUUAUUCGUCAUCAGCUGUUAUUUUGGCCGGAGAUAAGUUUUCGUUUAUAACUUGGCAGCACUCAAUACAGUUUUAGAAAAUUCAUAUUCCAUUUUAAAGUAGCGCGCGAUUUUAAAAAUGGAAAAUAAUGGGGAAAGCGCUGAUAAAUUUAUUCGGAAAUCUGUAAAUGAAGAAAAUACUCCGAAAAACGACGAAUCAGCAACUGAAAUGGUGCAUGAAAUAAUUAAUGAAAUUAGAGACGCUGCCGUGGCUGAGGCAGCUGAAGCUAAUGCUGUGAAAGACAAUUUAAAUGCUGAUGUAAGUGCACCAUCUCCUGAAAACAUGGAAGAGGACGAUGAUAAUCCUUUAGCAAGCAUAUUCCUUGAACAUCAGAAAGAAUUACACGAUUACCCAUUCAGAUUUAAAAAAAGUGAAAAGGGAAAUAUUCUGAGUAUGCACCACAUUUCUGAAUGGUUCAAUACGAAGUUCAGUCCCAAUCUUAAGUUGUGCACUUUUAAUUCACAAUGCUCUAUAAUGGUGGUAGUUGCUGAAAUUGGUUUAAUAUAUAUAUUUGACUUGGUGAACAAAAGUUUCCGGAAAUUGAGUGACGUGAUAUUUUUUCCCAGUGCAAUAACGCCAUGGGGACAACGAAGGAAUCAUUUUCUCAUAGGAAAUAGUAACGGCGAGAUAGCGUUACUGGAUUUAGAUAAAUCAACUGUUACACAGACCCUUCUGAUAACCAAAUAUUAUGUAAUGACAAUAUCAUGCCCACCUCCAUCAGUAAACCGGCAACAUUUAGUGCUUGUGCAUUGUGACUACGAAGUCAUACUCUUUGAUGUAGAGCAAUUCGUGGCAACACGUCGUUUUCCGUUUAGAAAGAAAAAAUUUCAACUAAAGUUUUCAGGAUAUUUCUCACAGUCAGAUCAUAUUUUUAACUGUUUUAAUGAUGAUACCGUACAAAUAUGGUCCGGUGCCACUAUGAACACUAUACGUGCAAUAAAUCCCAUAAAAAUGCGUGAUCGCAAGUUGCGCAUGGAAGGCGCUGGUGGCUUAGCAGCAGAUUUUCUACUCUGUCAAGAUUAUAACGGCAGUGGUGGUGUUUUCAACGUUGAUUGUAAGGUGUCAAAUCACUCAAAUGGCAUGAUUAUUGGAUAUUGUUUUCAUCCCAAUAUGAAUUUGAUUUGCCUUUCCACACGCGACGGUUACUUGUUGUUAAUAGACACAAUUACUUUUGACUUGAAACAUAUAUGCCGGCUACAAGAUUUCGUUAUAAGACAUUGCGUAUUUCUGCUACAUCCAAAGGAGAUAAUAAUUUGCGGCGUAACUGAUAGAUCUGGCGAAGCAGUCGUCUUAAACUGCCUUCAAAAGGAUAUUAAAUUGCGUAUCCAAUCAGAGAAUGCGGCCAGACUUACAAUCUCCAGUGAUGCCAAAUACUUAGUGAUAUUCAAUAAAACUGGUGAGUUGGAUGUUUGGUCCACUAGUCAAAUCUACAAUAUACUAAAAUCACAAGAAGAAUGCCUGCGUCUGAUAAAGUUGUCUUUUAGACAAAAUAAACCGUUGCUACUAGGGCCAUCACGCCACUGUAAAUCUGCGCUAGUGGCAGCACAGGAGGAAUGCCUAAAUGAGGAUAUUAGAAACUUACUUAGUCGCGAUCGCCUCUUGAGCAUACUGCGUGAAUUUCGUUGGUUCCCGUGUAAAUAUCGUGUGCUUAUAUGGUGUGCACUGCUGCAGUUGCCUUAUAAUCGCAAUGAAUUCUUUCAACUUUUAAAAAUGGGCACUCCCCCAAUCGUAAAGCAACGCGCUAAACAGUUACCAAUGCGUGAUGGCACGUUGAAAAAUGCUCUGGUACGCAUAUGGUCUUGCCUGGCACAUUGGUGUCCCGUUUUUGCGCAUAGUAAAUUCCUGCCACAACUCAUAUUCCCUUUUGUAAAAUUGAUGCCGCGCAAUUCGCUUGUCGUCUUUGAGAUUUGUGUCACACUGUUGACGAAUCACUUUCAAAUGUGGUUCGAACUGCAUCCAUUGGAGCCAAAUAAUUACUUGGGUAUGUGUGAAAACCUAUUGCAAUCCCAAUGUUCGGAGUUAUGCAAAUUUUAUGCCAGUAUGCAUAUAAAUUCCGAACACUAUGCUUGGUCACUACUGUCCUCUGUCUUCUCUGAGGUGUUUAGCCAAACUGAAUGGCUUUACCUGUGGGAUAAUAUUUUGUCGGCGCCACCAUAUUAUCCAAUUUUCAUAGUUGUGGCAUACAAUUACGUGCAACGUCGAGUAAUUAUGCGUCUACCCGACAAGCCAACAAUUUUGACUUUCUUUCAUGAACAAAAUCCGGUUGAUGUGUGUGAGGUGAUAAAUUUAGCGAACUCUAUUAUGGAAAAAUGCCCGAAGACAUUACAUCCCGAACGUUAUAUGCCCGAGUUACAGUGUAUACCCAAGAAAGUAUAUCCGAAGUUUUUGAAUUAUCCACGUCAAUGGCUGGCCAAACACGAGAAAGAUAUCGCCGCGGUACAAAGAGAAAAGCAGUGCAUUGACGCACGCAUAAGGAAGUUGGAGCUGGAAGAGAUGAAAUUAAUGGAGCGUCUGCAGAGUGGCCUGCGCAGAGAGGAACAUGCAAAACAAGUGAAAAAAAUGGAAAAGCUCUAUCGUGACUCGCUCAAACGUGAGGAGGAACGUUUAGCUUGUCAACGACAAAUGUUGGCUGUGUAUCAGAAAGAGCUGCGCAACCGCAAAGCCGAAGUUGCGGUACAGGUGCAGGAGUCGGAGCAGCGUCAAAGAGCACUAGCAAUGGAAAAAGACCUAGAGUUAUUAGUGCAGAGUAUAGAAUGUGAACGCACGCGCAAUGACGCUGAUUUACGUAUGGCUGAAGAGGAGUUGCGUAAUGAAGAGAUGGAGUUGUUUAUGCAAAAAUGUUUGACAACAACAGGUGCUACUUCCCUGCGUACUAAAUAUCAUGAGGAUUUACAAAGAUUGUGCAAUGAGCGUCACGCACUCAAGCAGCAAGUUAUAGAACUAACAAAUAUGCCGAAAGGAGCGUUAAGCCCACGCAAUUCCAACAACAAAUCACAUUUAGAUACUAUAGAGGAGAAAAUUGAGGAAAUACAAAGAGAAUUUAAUGAAAUACUCAACAAUUAAGAAUAAGCAAUUUUUAGUGGCCUUAAAGGUUUGAGCAUGCCUUCUUUCUUAUGAGUAGUUUGUAGUUUAAAAUAUUGUAUUUACUUUCAUUUGUAUUUACGUUUAUGAUAUUAUUUUUUAUGCACAAAUAAUCAGGAUUUAGUAUUAGUUUAUGCCACAUUUUACUGUUUCACAAUGUCAGAUGUGGAAGUCAUACGAGAAAUAGCGUCCAAUCGAAGAGACUACUCCCCAAAAAGACCUGCUGUACAAAAAGUUAUAAAAAAAUACAACACCAAAAAUUACCCUCCAAAAAACCAACAGUUGCCUGCUUCAUACUUUUAGGCUAACG